GAUCUUUGCGAUCAUGAUUGACGUUUUUUAUGUAGAGUAUCUGUAAACAGAAUUGAUUAGAACGUUUUAAAUAGUUUAAAAUCAAAGCAACAUGUGUAUCUUUAAAUAUAAAGCAGUCUUGUCUUACAUGAAGACAGUAAAUAAUGAUUUUUCGUGUUUUCAGCGGCUCUGCAGGAUGGAAACACUGGUGUUGUCGGUGCAGUCAUUCCCAUCCGCACUGGAAUGGAAGGAGGAACCAUCACAGUUGGAUGCUCAUUUACUCUGUCUGGAAGCAGGAAGCUCUUCUGUAAAGAAAAAUGUGAAAAAGGAAAUAUUCUCAUUGAAACAACAGAUGAUUCAGCCCAGAGUGGCAGAUAUAGUAUUAAAUAUAUAGAAGGAUUUUUUCUCAUUCAUACAGUUGUCUAUGUGAGCAUCACUGAGCUGGAAAAGUCUGACUCAGGGCGGUACAGGUGCUCUUUGGACAGAACACCUUCAGAUCACUUAUCUUUAAACUGGGAUUUUGAAGUUGUUGUCACAGAAGCUUCAACUUUCAAGACUAAAUCCCAUGUGAAACCCAUUUCAUCGUCAGCACAUCUGCCUUCAUCACCACGACCACUAACAUGGAGUUUUACUUCAGGAAGCACCUUACCUUUAUCAGCCUUCAGUGAAAGCACCAAGCAGCCUAAAACAUCACCUGCAAGUUCAGGUAUCCUCUUGCCUGUGGUUAUAAUAGUGGUAUUGGCUGUGUUUCUUCUGCCUGUUGUUCUGCUGCUCAUCUAUAAAAAAAGGGCAGUUCAUUCUAAUGAUUUAAACAGGAGAAGCUCAGACCACAACCAGACUCAGAUGGUUCUUUAUGAUGACACUUCUCCAACCUCCAAAUGUGAAGGCUGAACUUACCUUACUCUUGGUGCAACCUGAAGGACAAGGACUGAACCUUUCCCACACUCAUGGAGGCACAAUAACACACACGAUCCUGUCUGCAGAUGGACCCUGACUUUUAAUAAGUUGUUUAAUGUUGACACACAAGCCAACGGUGAUGGAUCACUGAGCCUGUUCUGUUCUUAUGAUUUAUUUCUUUGCAAAUAUUAUGAGAUACUUCUUCUACUUCUAGAGAUAUUUCUAGUUCUUGGUUCUUGUUUCAUUAUGUUAGUUCCCUGUCUGUCCCAAUCUCGUCUCUUGUCUUGUCAUCAGCGACCCUGUGGAAAUCAGUCUUGUCUCUGUGUUUGGUUAUUCCUUCUGUCUCCCCGGUCAUACCCCUGUGUCUGUCUGGUCACUCUAUCUCCUGGUCCCUGUGUUUAUCCCUUUAUCAUCUCUCUGUGUUCCGUCCUUUUGUGCCCCCAGUAAGUCAUGUCUCCAUGUCUGUUUAUUUCUGGUUCCUGUGUUAGGUUCAGUUUUGCUUCCCCUGUCUAGUGAGUCUGAUGCUGUUCAGCUGUGCUCUCGGGUGUGUACACUCUGCCCUA